UGCGUCCCCAUCGGAGGUGCUGAUAACAGGCUCUUUCCAACAGUAUUCUUGUCCUGAUCCUCCAUCGUAAGCAUUUCCCCAAGCUCCCACCGUGAAUCGAGCAUCUACGCUCGUGAAGAAGCCUGUAGUCGUUGUAUAAAGGCAUCGAGCCCAUGUUCACUAUUGUCCCUCGUUCGUUUCUCACUCGAAGGAUGACAUUUGACGCGCGCAUUCAGUUCUGGUCACAAAUCCUGCACGAUGCAGACGGCAAUGUUUCUCCACAGCUCGUGACAACUGUAUCCGCGAAGUUGCCCUCCCGAAGCACGAGGGAAAACACACGGGCGAGUUUGUCCUUGAGCGCGAAGGAGUUGAGUCCGUUCGAGCGCUCAGAAGAUGGAACACUGCAUGUGCGAGUGGUCUUCGAGAUCGUGGUCAAAGAAGACAUGCUCAGCGGAUAUAAAACUGUUCAUGGAGGAUGUAUUGCAUACUUGAUUGACAUGUACAUUCAUUUGGCGACCGUCUACAUUGGUAUUAAUGUCUUACUGAUAAUUCAGAUGCUCCUCGGUUGCCCUCGUAUUACAUUCCCUUCCGAGCAAGUUGUGCUCUAUCGUAGUAAAAUGCUGUCCGUUCUGUAAAGCAGAUUAGAGGUGGUCAAUAGGAGUCACAAACAGUUGGAUAAGCGUGUUUGUAGCUGUCUAUCGGGAUUAAGACAUGUACAU